UCGUUACUCAGCCUUAGAUUAGACUCACCUGGAUCCAGUGUCGCUCUCCAGCCUUUCCUCAGUUCUGAAUUUUAUAUUUCUUCCUGGAUUUUUCUGUUUCGCUCCUCCAGUUUUUAUGCCAUCCUCAUUUUAAACUUUCAAAGGAAAACAGACAAAAUGGGGAAAAUUAAUGGAUGCCUGAAGGCUGUUUUCAUUUCCUUCAAUUGCUUGUUUGCAUGUUUGGGAGGCAUGUUGAUCUACGGAUUAAUAAGGAUCAGUCCCAGUGACUAUAAGAUGAAAGGGAUUGACGCUCCGAGCGUAAUGUGGCUCUGGGUGUUUGCCGUUAUCACCCUCCUGAUCUCCUUGCUGGGGAGCCACGCUGCACGCACCGAAAAUAAAUGUGGCCUCAAACUUUUUGCAGUUUUGAUGGGGCUUGGAAUGGUCCUCAUGCUAGUCUUUGGAGUUGCUGUCGUUGUAUUAAGAAAGCAGGAGAUGGAAAACCUUCGAGGUCCUAAAGUUGCCCAGGAGUUCUUGAAAGACAAUGAGAAAAAACAUUUGCUUGAAACCCUGCAGGAACAUCUUCACUGUUGUGGAUGGUCUGGCGUGGAGGACUGGGGUUCAGACGUCCCUAAAUCCUGUCGCUGCACACCUUCAUAUGAAGAAUGUAAAUACAACCCACAGGGAUCCAUUGGACCUUCAUCUGUCUACUCCAAGUCCUGUGGUGAAAUUGUUGGGGAUUAUGUUGAAUAUGCCGUAAAGAUUGGCUUAUGCAUCAUUUUUGGAUUCGCUUUUGUUGCUGUAAGUUCCGAUCAUAUUCUCUGUCAUCAUCUACAAACAAUCUUCACUGCACAGCAACACAAAUCAUUUAAUCCUGGAGAAGGGAGACAAAAAAGUUUUGGUCCUAAAUUUCUUCACUUUCAUUGUGAAAAUUAAAAUUGCAUCUCUGUCAACAAUUACCACUGUAAUUAUUUCUUCUUUGGGAGCUAGAGUACUCCUUAGCAGCUGUAAAUAGGUAGCCUUAAAUAAAGCUAAUAAAUAACU